ACAGCUCUCGCUCCCACUCCCAACCUUGUCAUCUUUCUCCGAACUUCUCUUUUCAACACAUUAACCUUUUAACGGUCCACUUUCAAUUUUCCUCUUUCCGCACCUUUUUCUUAAUACACUGACGUUGCCACACACCCACUCCGCCCACCAUGUCCACUCUUGAAGAUCUCGAUGACCUUGAGCGUGAAGUGAGAGACCAGAAGCAGGACCAAGGCGACGGCGACGGCGAUGGCAAGAAACCAGAAGGCGGCGAUGGCGAUGCCGAGAUGAAAGACGCCGACGAGAAGAAGAAGGAAGAGGAGGAGGGCCUGUUGGAUGAGGAGAUUCUCAGCUCGAGUACGGCAGAUAUUGUCAAACGGCGGAGGAUGCUGGAGAAUGAGCUGCGUAUUAUGAAGAGUGAAUACCAGCGGUUGAUGCACGAGCAGAAUACCAUGAGGGAGAGGGUUAAGGAUAAUCAAGAGAAGGUUGAGAACAACAGGCAACUGCCGUAUCUCGUCGGAAACGUCGUCGAAUUGCUUGACCUGGAUGUUGAAGCCGACGCCGCUGAAGAGGGCGCCAACAUCGACCUGGAUGCCACGCGCGUGGGCAAGUCGGCUGUCAUCAAAACCUCGACCCGCCAGACAAUUUACCUCCCUCUGAUCGGCCUGGUAGACCACGAGAAGCUUAAGCCUGGUGACUUGAUCGGUGUCAACAAGGACUCAUACCUUGUGUUGGAUACGCUACCCGCCGAAUACGAUAACCGGGUGAAGGCAAUGGAGGUUGAUGAGAAGCCUACAGAGAAGUACACGGAUAUUGGUGGUUUGGAUAAGCAAAUCGAGGAGAUUGUCGAAGCUAUUGUGUGGCCCAUGAAGGAGGCGGAGAAGUUCAAGAAGAUUGGAAUCAAGGCACCAAAGGGUGCUUUGAUGUACGGUCCUCCUGGUACGGGUAAAACACUCCUCGCUCGUGCAUGUGCCGCAGAGACAAACGCGACUUUCCUCAAGCUUGCCGGUCCGCAGCUGGUGCAGAUGUUCAUUGGUGAUGGUGCGAAGAUGGUCCGGGACUGCUUCGCAUUGGCCAAGGAGAAGGCCCCUUCAAUUAUCUUCAUCGACGAGCUCGAUGCCAUCGGUACAAAACGUUUCGACUCCGAGAAGUCCGGUGACCGUGAAGUGCAGCGGACAAUGCUUGAACUCCUUAACCAGCUGGACGGUUUCGCAUCGGACGACCGCAUCAAGGUCCUCGCCGCCACGAACCGGGUCGACGUCCUCGACCCUGCGCUUCUUCGAUCCGGUCGUCUGGACCGCAAGAUCGAGUUCCCUCUGCCCAACGAGGAGGCUCGUGCCAACAUUCUGCAGAUCCACUCGCGCAAGAUGGCCGCCGAUGACAGCAUCAACUGGCACGAACUUGCGCGUAGCACGGACGAGUUUGGUGGUGCGCAGCUGAAGGCUGUCUGCGUGGAAGCGGGUAUGAUUGCGCUCCGGAAAGGACAGAGCAAGAUCAACCAUGAAAACUACGUGGAUGCGAUUGCGGAGGUACAGGCGAAGAAGAAGGACACCAACAUGGGUAUUUACGUUUAGGCGAAUGUCACCUUUUUUCAUUUCUUGGUAUUCUCAUGUGUUACCAUUUAUGUACUUUGAGGAUUCUGAGCAAUUCAAGCCAUUAGUAAUUUAUCCCCCUACCCAUAAUCAUACAUGUGCAAUGAAGAUUUCAUUUAAACUGCUACGACCACAAAGCUGGUGUAUACCCCGUCUGCUCUAUUUGUCUGAUAGCUUCUUUGCGCAGAGAAUCAAGAGGCAUAUCAAAGACGUCCCCAGCAUUACGUUCUGGACUAAUAUUGAAACAACUUCCCACGGGUCAAUCUGAGAGUCUGACUAGCAGGCUCUGCUACUUUUGACAUAGGAAAGAUUGUCU